AUGGCUUCCACCAGCACACACAUACACAUUGCUUCCUCCUCUUCUGCCCCUACCUUUCACGAAGUAUUCUUGAGCUUUAGAGGUGAAGAUAUUCGCAAGACCUUUGUAGACCAUCUGGAUCGAGCUUUUUUUCUUAGUGGAAUCUACACCUCCAAAAACUAUGCUUCCUCCAGGUGGUGUUUGGAUGAACUGGUUAAAAUCCUUGAAUGCGAGGAGACGAUGGGGCAAGCAGUCAUACCAGUCUUCUAUGAUGUGGUUCCUUCAGAAGUGCGGUACCAAACAGGGAGCUUUGAAUCAGCCUUUAAGAUUCAUGAGAAAGGGAGGAACGAGGACAAAGUGCAGAAGUGGAAGACAGCUCUCAAAAAAUAUAUCCAGACGAUGAAAGCGCGGAAGAAGUCGAGAAGAGAAGUGAGGCGGCGGUAUUCUGAGAAGAGCAGAUCAGUGGCUAUGUUUCGAUUUGGUGAAAGAGGUGGCAGAGCAGAUCAGAAGAAGAAAGGUGAGGCGGCAGUAUUCUGA